ACAAGUAGCGCGGAAUUUAGACGGCGUACACACAGUAGUGGCGGGAGAGGCUAAAACAGCAGAGUUUCAACAUUUUAAAUCGAGAUAAAGUUAAGGGAGGGAUUGGAGGGAGAUUUCCAGAUGGAUGAGUUCGGAGUUUAUGCUAGUUUUGGGGUAAACGGGCCGCCUCAAAGGCUGUUGAGAGCGCAGGGGCCGUGCAGAGUGUCUGCUGCACUUCCGCCAUCUGUCCGUCAGGUGGUGCUGUUCAGCAGCGGACCGUGGGGUGAGAGGAUUUGCGUCAACGCGGAGCUCAUAGACGCCAAUCAAAUCCCCAUCACGAUUGGAAAACUGACCCCUUAUAACAAAUGUCUCUCUUGGGAGCAGUGGGAAGAAGAGACCUGGACAGAUGGCGUCACGCUGCAUGUGUCCCUGGAGGGAGGAAACGUGACAAACUCAGAGCUGAUCAUAGCUGUGAACGAAUUCACUCCAAAGAACACGACGGCUCCCCUCGCAGAUCGAGAGCUCAGCGGCAAGAGGAAGAGAGAACGAACAGCUGAGGGAGGCUCCGAUGGUGGCGGUAAGACGUCAAAGGCGAGGGGAGAAGAAAACAUUUACCCGAAUGGUGUUAAGGAGAAGACGACGCCUGUGCGAAAAGUCAAAGGUCAAGCCAGAAGCUGCCAGAAGCUGUUUGCUAACAGAGCAGAUGCCUUCAAGGCGAAUGCAGCAGCUAAUGAAGCAAGAGAGACACAGAUGACUGUGGGAGGAACACCUCCUCAGAACGGAGCCAGGAUGAAGAGUCGACAGGCCAAGACACCCACACAAACAUCCUCCCUGGUUAGCCCGUCGGGACGCUGGGGUCAGACUUUAUGUCCCAUCGAUGCCCAGACGGCCAUUCUAAUCGGAGGUCAGGGAGCCAGGAUGCAGUUCUGCAAAGAUCCCAUGUGGAAGCUCUGCACAGAGGACAUGUCCUGGGUGACUGCCGAGACUCUGGCGCAGGGUCCCACUCCCGAGGCCAGGAUCGGCCACUCAGCCGUCUUUGACCCCGACUCCAAACGGAUCUUUGUGUUCGGAGGCUCUAAGAACAAGAAGUGGUUCAACGACAUGCACAUCCUGGACACUAAGAGCUGGAGGUGGACCAUGGUGGAGGCUCAGGGAAAGGUUCCUCCUCUGGCUUACCACAGCUGCAGCAUGUUCCGGGGGGAACUGUUCGUGCUGGGCGGGGUGUUUCCUCGGCCCAACCCUGAACCCGACGGCUGCAGCGACUCUUUAUACAUCUUCGAUCCCCACCUCUCCAUCUGGUACCAGCCCAUCCUCACAGGAGACAAACCCUCCCCAAGAUCAGGCCACUCAGCCUGUGUGAUCCAGGAAAGGUACAUCUAUGUGUUUGGGGGCUGGGACACUCCCGUCUGCUACAGUGACAUGUACAUGCUGGACCUCGGUCUAAUGGAGUUUUCUGUUGUGAAAACAUCAGGAAAAGCUCCAUCUCCUCGAAGCUGGCAUGGCAGUGCAGUGCUCUCAGAGACCAAAUUCCUGAUCCACGGCGGCUACAACGGAAACAACGCCCUCAGUGACACCUUCAUUUUUGAUAUAGAAACUGACAGCUGGACCGAGCUGAAGCUCCCUCAGCUCUCCGUCCCGAGGGCGGGGCACUCCAUCAUCACCAUGGAAACGCCCGCUCGCCGCGAUCCCUCAGAGGACGAGGAGUCGAUGAGCUCCGUCUCCAUCAGAAGAACUCUGCUGGUGUUCGGAGGAGGGGACAACGAGGGAAACUUCUUCUCCGACCUGACAAGCGUUUCUGUCGAGGAGCUGCUCGACGCGGCGUGAGGAGCGAUCCGAAGCCGCGCUCUUUCAGUUCUACCUGCCAGAUCUGGCGCUUAUUGUUUAUAGUCCAGGGAUUUUAUUAUUUCAUAUUGAAGAUACACGCCUUAAUCUGCAGUUGAGGCGUGUAUUUUAGUUCAAACAGAGAUCUCGUUUUCAAAUCUGUUCAUUAAGAGCCAAACUACUGCUUGUUUUAUAAAUUAAAGUCUUUACUUUAUUAAGUAGGCAUUUAAAUAUGCAGCGCCAUUGAGUUUAAACACCAGGAAACAUUUUUUCGUAAGAAAUUAUUUUGUAAAAAUGUUUAAAACUUAGCUCAGGAAAAAAAGCUUUUUUUCUUGUCUUGUGAUAUAAAUGUUUUCAGUGAUCAUACGUCAUAUUCCAUUCAUAUGGUCCUCUUGGCUUAAUAAAUGUUUAUUAUUUGA